AUGGCCGACAAUGACCUCCAGCUCCCCCUCUCCUCUCCAAGUCCCUCCGCUCUCUUCUACCCUUUCGCGACAUCUCCGGAUAUCAUUCGUUCCCAUGAGAAAGACAUCUUCCUCACCGGCAGUCUGAUAAAUCAGGCCCAAUCCAUUACCCGUGCUCUUCGUGGAGCUCGUUUUGCCCAUACACACACCGAUGCUAUCAAGCAUGUGACGGAGAUUCUCUAUUUCUCCCUGACCACCUUGAUCGGCAACCGAACAUUAGGGGAGGAAUAUUGUGAUCUCGUUCAGCUCGAGGAUGAUACACUUCAGCUACCGUCCAUCUCCCGAAGAGUGGGAUAUAUUCUGAGCACCAUCCUGGUGCCCUGGGCUCUGCAGAAGAUCUUGCCCGCUUUUCGACAUCGGCUGCGUGCCAAAUUGGAACGCAGCAUCGCCCGGCAACAGCUCAAAGCCCAGCAGCAGGCUUUGAAUGUGCCGAAAUUCCCCAAAAAGAAACCAGAGAAUAAACAGCCCCUCUUCACCAAACUGCGCAUUCAGAAGUAUAUCCUAGAGCACCUGGAUUCUAUCACAUCCGUCUCCCCGGUUUACGCGCUCAGCAUCGCAACCUUCUACUUCACCGGCUCGUACUAUCACCUCGCUAAACGAUUCUGGGGCCUGCGAUACGUCUUCACAAAGAAGUUGGAAGAGAAUGAACAACGGAUAGGCUAUGAGGUCCUGGGAGUCCUCCUGGUUCUGCAGAUUGCCGUGCAGGGAAUACUCCACGUCCAGAAGGUCGGAGUGAGCAUACAGCAGGAGGAUGAGCAGGCAAUUGAAUCCGAGACCACAGGACCAAAGCGUGAUGAAGAUGCUCUGAUCACAUCUAUUGAACACCCUUCAAACAUCCCUCUUCUCCCGGCAUCUAGUGCUCGAUAUGAUCUUGAACAAGACUCCAACGCCCUCCCCUGGAUUCCCACAGAACAACAGCGCAAAUGUACCCUUUGCCUUGAAUCGUUCAAGGACCCGAGUGUCACAACAUGCGGUCAUGUUUUCUGCUGGAUCUGUGUUCGUGACUGGGUGCGUGAAAAACCAGAAUGUCCUCUCUGUCGGCAAGAGGUUCUUUUGUCCAAGGUCCUGCCGCUCAGAGGUUAG